AUGGACAAACAAACUAACUUAUUAAAUGUCCCCCAAACAUUAAAAGUGAACUAUUACUCUGUUUAUUUGUGUGUUCCAGGAUUUCGGGGUACUGGGAAAAGUGGAGUUCUAGUUGAGUUCAGUAAGCUCUCAUUUCAUUUUCGUUCCUAUGGCGAUCUCACUGACCAAGAAUUAGAGGAAAUAUGUGAUUUCCUGUAUCAGAAAGUGACAUCGAGAGAGAAAGCUGCGCUCUCUCAGCUUAAAUCUUGCUACAACAUAUUCCGCAGGUGAGUGCUUUGUAAGCAGAAUGGUGCCUUUUUUCUGAUUGUGAGGAUAAUUCCAUGAGUUGUAUAACUCCUUGUGAGCCUGCUUCGGUUAGUGCUAGUACUCCGUGAUUGGAACAUCUCGUAGAUCAUUGUGAGGCUGCUUCGAUGAGUGCUAGAACUCAGUGAAUGGAAUGUCUUAUAGCUUAUUGAAAGGCUGGUGUAUGCUGAGUGCUAUGACGAUAGGAAUGUAUCACAGCUGAUUUUGAAGAUAUUAAAGGGACACUGUAGACACUAUAACCAUUUCACCUUAUUGAAUUGGCUAUUGCUGCCCUGACUAAUUACCUGGGGAGUACCUGGCACAGGAGCUUCACCUAUAGGCAUCAGGUGGAAGCUUAACUGUUAAUAAAUUGGGAUGGACCGGUACCAUUUGCCACCUAGGGCAGCAGUUGGGGGCUCCGUUAAAAAUGUAGCGCGACAUACUAAAGUUACCCCAAACCCCACCAAUUAGACGCAGGUAGGGGCUCUAAAAUUAACCGGGACAUACUCUAAACUGUGGUGGGUGGGAAACAUUGUUUAAUAAAUAAGAUCCCAUUGACAUGGAUGCCAAUAAAGUUACUGUUUUGUUUGGUUUCUUUUCUCCUAGCGUGGCAUACAGGACAAGCAGUGCAUGCGCAGAACAAGUCAGUGCAGAACGUAGCUCUCAGCUCAAGUCUCUGCUUCUGGAAUACUUUGAGAAAAAAGACCCCUUAGACAUGUUGGGAGGUGAUAAUAUCGAAGAGGAGGAGCUAAUUGAUUUAAAGGUAACACUUCACAAACUGCAAACACACUACUUGUGUGUAUUCAAUACUUGUAUUUGGCUCCUAUUUGUGCUGCAUCAUUCUCCAUAUUCAAAUCUGUUUGGUUGUGCUAAAAAAUUAUCCAGUGUAGCUCCCCCUCUUUAGCUAUGUUCCAUCUUUUCACCUAAGUUUCACAGUUUCCUUUGCAACCAUAAAAACAUUUUGUAAAAAUGGGGAGGAGUAGAUUAUACUCAAAUUAUACUUCAGACUGACAACUAGCAGAGGUGCUUCCUUCCUGGAGACCAGCUUCAAUUUGCAAAAGUGUUUAUAUUGGGCAUUCUCACAAAAAAGGUGUUUUUUUUUACAUCCUCAUUGUUCCUUUCGUGUAGAAAUGGCAAUAGUUUUGGGUAUAAGGAGAUGAUCCAGUGAGAAACAUGAAAGCAGCAACGACGUGUGCAUAAUACUAAAAUGUUCUGAUUAUUUAUCACCUAGAAAACCAAAAAACAUUGUUUUAUCAGUCUGAAAUAAUGUCUGUCCAUCCUAAAAAGGAAAUCAAUAAAUCAACCCCAGCUUUAAUCCUCUGUCUGUACUUCCUGUUAGCUCCUUUCAUGAUGGACCUGAGGUAUACUGCCAUUUUGUUGUUGGUUUUGUAUCUAUUCUUUUUUUUUUUUUCUCCUUUAACUCCUGUCAUUUUUAUCUGUUACAGUUGCAGGAUUGGAAAGACCAUAUCUGCUCUGAUGUCCGUCUUUUUCUAUCUAUUCGCCAUGAUGAGCGUUUUUCUGGCAGAGCAAUAGCACGGAUCUUCCACGGAAUAGGCAUGUACUGACAUAACACUGUGUGAGAUUGUGUAACAUUGCAAAUUAAUGCAUUUGUGUAAACAGUAGGGUAAAUAUUACACUUUCACAAAACUACAGAAAUUAAUUUAAUACAAAUAGACUGGGGUGGGAGAACAAUAUUCAAAUAUAUACGAACAAUAUAAAACAAAAGAACUAUCUCAAAGAUAUAGUGUUACUUGACAGUGCCUGAAAGGUAAAAGCUGCUCAACACUAAAAGUGGAAUACCCCUUACCCACAAUAAAGAACAAAUACAAAAAAUAAGGUAUAAAUAUUAUACCAAACAAGUGGAGCGCUCUAAACAGUAGAGGGGUUUACUCACCCCUUUUAAUGCAGUGACAAUAUUGAGAAGCUUGAAUAAACAUAAAAGGGAACAAGAAAUAUAGUGCAGACGGUUUUCCAAAUAGACAAUUGAUGGUAAUAAAUUACCUAAACCACUCACAUGGACAGGAGCCUAUACAAUAUUGGCUCCGUAAAAAGAUCCUUUGUCCCAGGCAGUAUCCCUCCAGGAAUAUACAACGAGAGAGAAAACAGAAAAUCAAUUGUGUAGAAAAGCACAUACUAUAUUAGUAUUAAAGGGUGUAAAUAGUUGGACUCACCUUUUCCAGAGCCCUGAAAUCCCGGCUCUGAGGUUGAUAAACAAUGUGCUACUUUUAGGGGGGAAUAGCACUGUCCCCAAUGGAGUUCCUGACGGCUAGAAAGGACUUUGGACUAAAGUGUAAAAUAAUAAUGUAUAAAUUUAUUGACAAUAAAAUCAAAAUAAAUACAUACUAAAAAAGUAAAAAAUCAAGUGUUAAGUCCAAUUGAAAGUCCAGAAUAAUCAGCUAAACGCGUUUCACUCUAUGAGCUUCCUCAGUAGCUGUAUAGUAGCCUCAGGAAUCCUUCUUCUUUUUAAAUGUUUGAAAGUCCUUUGGAGGACCUACAAGGACUUUCAAACAUUUAAAAAGAAGGAUUCCUGAGGCUACUAUACAGCUACUGAGGAAGCUCAUAGAGUGAAACUGCAAUCGGUUAAUGGGUGCCACACGACCCUCUGUGUGUGGACUCCUGGUUGGUAUCUCAUUCGUUUUACGAACAGCAGGUAAAGUCCCUGUUCGUGAAACGAACACAUGAAUGCUAGCGGCUUUCAGCUGCUAGCAUACGAAUGCUUUAGGAUAUAACAGUACAGGCAUACAUUAGAAUACAACAGUCCAGCGGCUUAUACAGACAACCUUUGCAGAUACAGCCAUGUAAUCUAAAAGUGGCUAGAUUUGCCACAGAGUUUAGUUUACCGUCCCUUUUAAAUAGAAUGUUAACGUUUAUAUAGCUCUCCUUACAACUUUACUGUAAAAGUAUACAUGUCAACAACUAUCAUGAUCACUAAAAUUAUGUAUCCAUGCCACGUUCUUAAUAAAAACGUAUUUUAACCCAAAAAAUGACCGUAAAGCCAAUAUUUGCAUUUGUUCUCCUGCCAUUUGCAAAUUAAAUUAGGAUCUGGGUGGGAGCUUAAAUUACCCAUGGGCAGAUACAGUGAGGGAAUAAAGUAUUUGAUCCCCUGCUGAUUUUGAAUGUUUGUCCACUGACAAAUGAUCAGUCUAUAAUUUAUGUAUGUGUAUUUUAACAUUGAGAGACAGAAUAACAAAAAAUAAUCCAGAAAAAUGCAUGUCAAAAAAGUUAUAAAUUGAUUUGCAUGUCAAUGAGUGAAAUAAGUAUUUGAUUCCCUAUUAAUCAGCAAGAUUUGUCUUCCAGGUGUCUUUUAUACAGGUAACGAGCUGAGAUUAGGAGCACUCUCUUAAAUAGUCUCGACUCAUUGCCUGUAUAAAAGACACCUGUCCACAAAUGCAAUCAAUCAGAUUCCAAACUCUCCAAUAUGGGCAAUACCAAAGAGCUGUCCAAGGAUGUCAGGGACAAGAUUUUAGACCUACACAAGGCUGGAAUGGGCUACAAGAAUAGCAGCUGGUGAGAAGGUGACACAGUAGGUGCGAUUAUUUGCAAUUGGAAGAAACACAAAAUAACUCUUCAUCGGUCUAUUGCUCCAUGCAAGAUCUCAUUUUGUGGAAUUUCAAUGAUCAUGAGAACGGUGAGGAAUUAGCAGGAGGAUCUUGUUAAUGAUCUCAAGGCAGCUGGGACCAUAGUCACCAAGAAAAAAAAAUUGGUAACACACUACGCUGUGAAGGACUGAAAUUGUGCAGUGCACAAAAGGUCCCCCUGCUCAAGAAAGUACAUGUACAGACCCAUCUGAAGUUUGCCAACAAACUUCAAUUCAAUGAUUCAGAGGAGAACUGGGUGAAAGUAUUGUGGACAAAUGAGACCAAAAUUGAGCUCUUUGGCAUCAACUGAACUCGCCGUGUGUGGAGGAAGAAUGCUGCCUAUGACCCCAAGAACACCUUCAAACAUGGAGGUGGAAACAUUAUGCUUUGGUGACGUUUUUCUGCUAAGGGGACAGGACAACUACACCAAAUCAAAUGGGCGAUGGACGGGGCCAUGUACCGUCAAAUCUGGGAUGAGAACCUCCUUCCCUCAGCCAGGCUAUUGAAAAUGGGUCAUGCAUGGGUAUUCCAGCAUAACAGUGACCCAAAACACACAGACAAGACAACAAAGGAGUGGCUCAAGAAGAAGCACAUUAAGGUCCUGGAGUGGCCUAGCCAGUUUCCAGACCUUAAUCCCAUAGAAAAUCUGUGGAGGGAGCUGAAGGUUCAAGUUGCCAAACAUCAGCCUUGAAAUCUAAUGACUUGGGAAGGAUCUGCAAAGAGGAGGGGGACAAAAUGCCUCCUGAGAGGUGUGCAAACCUGGUGGCCAACUUCAAGAAACGAAGGGUUUUGCCACUGAGUACCAAGUCGAAAUGGCCAAAUACUUAUUUCACUCAUUGACCUGCAAAUCAUUUUAUAACUUUUUUUGACCUGAGUUUUUCUGUAUUUAUUUAUAUAUAUAUAUUUUUUUUUUUUUGUUAUUCUAGCUCUCACUGUUAAAAUACACCUACCAUUAAAUUUAUCGACUGAUCAUUUCUUUGUCAGUGGACAAACGUUCAAAAUCAGCAGGGGAUCAAAUCCUUUUUCCACACUGUAAACACUGGAUGUUGAGUUAAAGGCUUCCAAAUCCCCCUGCCUCCAUUAUAAAGCAUACUGCCCAACCUUCUAGUGAUGCAUAACUUCAGUAACUCCUGUUUCUUCAGAGAAAAUAUCUUGUUGGCAUCUAAAACUGUAAGUGAGUUAUCCCCUUUAAUUUUGUGGUCUGUGACCCUUGCAAAAUCUGAUUACACAUGAAGGCUCACAUUCAUGUUCUGUUCCACAGCUAGCCCCUGCUAUCCUGCUCAGGUGUAUGGAAGAGAUCGGCGGUUCUGGAGGAAAUAUAUCCAUCUCGAUUUCAACAAAAUCAUGCAGCUCGCCAAGGAGGAGAUUAUCCAUCAGAAAUGAUAAAACCAGACAUUGUGCAGAGAAUACAUCCACUAAAAGAGUUCUGGGAUAUUUGGGGAGGGGAUCAUGCAUCCACAAGAAACGUCAUGUGACCUGGUGGGGUAGAGGCAGGUAACUUGGGGAGUGUAAAGAUGGGAGAUCAUGCAUUAACAAAAAGUUCCAUGGACAAGAAAUUGUCCACAAAAAGAGACCUGUAUGACAUGGGUGGGGUGUAAGGGCAUGAGAGCCGCAUAACAUGAACUAUCAGGGAGGGAGGGGGAAUAUUGGGACGGGAGAGCUGUGUGACAUGGGGCAAGUGUCAAGGUAGGAGUGUCAGGAUGGAAGAGCUGUGUGACACUGAGGAUAUUUAAGGGUAGAAGAGCUGGGUGACAUUGGGAGUGUCGAGGCGGGAGAGCUGGGUGACAUGGAGUGUCGGGGCGGGUGAGCAUACAUUCACAAGAACUGAACUGGACUAAGUAAUAAAAGGAUCUGCUAAUAUUAGAUAUGUCUCUUGAAAUCUAAUAAUUGGUUAUACUGUUUAUAAAGAGACUGUUUUAUUUUG